CGCCGCCCCCCGCGCCCCUGCCUGCCCGCUGCAGGCGUGAGCGCCGUGGCCGGCCAGUGGCCGUCCGGUGGGCAGCCGCCGCCAUGGCCGCCCCGGAGCCGCUGCGGCCCCGCCUGUGCCGCCUGGUGCGCGGCGAGCAGGGCUACGGCUUCCACCUGCACGGCGAGAAGGGCCGCCGCGGGCAGUUCAUCCGGCGCGUGGAGCCCGGCUCCCCCGCCGAGGCGGCCGCGCUGCGCGCCGGGGACCGGCUGGUCGAGGUCAACGGCGUCAACGUGGAGGGCGAGACGCACCACCAGGUGGUGCAGAGAAUCAAGGCUGUGGAAGGGCAGACUCGGCUGCUGGUGGUGGACAAAGAGACGGACGAGGAGCUCCGCCGGCGGCAGCUGACCUGCACUGAGGAGAUGGCUCAGCGAGGGCUUCCACCCACCCACGACCCCUGGGAGCCAAAGCUGGACUGGGCACGUGCCGGCAGCCUGGGCUCGGAGGCUGGCCAGAAGGAUGUUGGUGGGCCCCUGAGGGAGCUACGCCCUCGGCUGUGCCACCUCCGAAAGGGUCCCCAAGGCUACGGGUUCAACCUGCACAGUGACAAGUCCCGGCCGGGACAGUAUAUCCGCUCCGUGGACCCAGGCUCACCUGCUGCUCACUCUGGCCUCCGCGCCCAGGACAGACUCAUCGAGGUGAACGGGCAGAAUGUCGAGGGGCUGCGCCACGCAGAGGUGGUUGCCAGCAUCAAGGCAAGGGAGGAUGAGGCCAGGCUGCUGGUGGUGGACCCUGAGACGGACGAGUACUUCAAGCGGCUACGGGUCACACCCACUGAGGAGCAUGUGGAAGGCCCACUGCCAUCACCAGUCACCAAUGGGACCAGCCCUGCCCAGGUCAACGGUGGCUCAGCGUGCUCGUCGCGAAGUGAUCUGCCUGGCUUAGACAAGGACACUGAGGUAGACAGCAGCACCUGGAAGCGGGACCCCUUUCAGGAGAGCGGCCUCCACCUGAGCCCCACGGCGGCCGAAGCCAAGGAGAAGGCGAGAGCCACCCGGGUCAAUAAGCGGGCACCACAGAUGGACUGGAACCGGAAACGCGAGAUCUUCAGCAACUUCUGAGCCCCUCCCUGCCUGUUUGCACGGCCCGCAGGCCUCGCCCCACAGGCCCAGCCCAGAGUUCCCCAAGCCUCAGUGGACUGGAGGGGGUGCCUCCUCACCCCCAGAAGCCGUGCUGGUCCCACCACCACCCAGGAACCAAUGUGCUUCCCAGUGAGCCCCGUCCUGCCCCCCUACCUGCUGGGUGCUGGAUAGGGGAGAGGGGGCCCCCCCGAGAUAGAAGAGAGGGACAGAGAGAGGCAGUGGUGACCGUGGGCCCGGCCCUUUUGCUGCUCUGCCCGGGCCUGCUGACUUAAAGGAAUUUGUGUUUUUGCUUUUCUUCCAAAAACAAAAAAAGAGAGAGAGCUCCAGUUCCACACAUGUUUCCACUUAAUACCAGAGUCCCGCCCCCGCCCCUGCCCCCGCAGGACGCCUCUCUAAGUAAUUGCAAUAAAACAAACCUUUCUCUGCAAACCAUUUCCUCCCCACCCCUCAGCAGCAGCCAUCCCGAGUGGGCGCCCCUGGGCACUUCCAGGGACAGAGGAAAACGUAGGGGGGCCAGACUGUGGUUGUGGGGGCUUCAGUGUGACGCUGGGGAGGCCAGCUGUGGCUGUAGGAGCUGCCCCUCCGCCCCCUCCCUGCUGGGGGCGGAGGUCACCAGGCCAGGCCCCCAUGUCCCUGCUCAGCUGUGGUCUGGGGCACGGGGCCUGGGCUCCAGGGGCCCAAGGAUGGAGGCCCUGUGUCCCUGAAGAGGGUGGUCUCUGGACAGGCCUCUUGUCCCUGCGCCACAGCCGCGAGGCAGGGGGAGCGUGGCUGUGCGAGAGCCUGCCUGCCCCCAGGAGACCCCACCCACUCUCCCUUUCCUGCUGGCUCCGGCCCCAACUGACAUUGCUGUCUGCCCCGUAAGCCAUAGCGCAUGCGCGCUCUCCUAAUAAACAGGCCUUCCU